UUUAGUUCCGACAGCAACAGAUUUGAACUAAAGGGGCGCGGAUGCCGAGAAAGAUUGACAAGGCAUAAUUCACCAGUGCUAUCACACGCGGAUCUUAAGUCCCAAAUAUGGGCAGACGGCUAACGUGAAACCGCUAACUGCAAACCGCGGUUUAGCGUUUGCGAGCAUGGCUGCAUGAUAUAUCAAAUCUCCGGGGAACCAUAUAGUAUAACAAAACAAGCAACAACUGCAAGCCAGGGCAGCACGAAACAGUGAAAUAUUGCGCUUCUAGUGGCAAGUGAAACACCCAGAUGUUGAGAUUAAAACUGAACUCUACCAGCGAAGAUUCCUCGUCGAUUCCUUUGACAAGCGAAUACCCAUUAGCUGUGAGAAGUUUUGAAGAAGUGAUCUUUGAAAUUAUCAUUGGUUGUGUUUUGUGUCUGCUUGGCGUAACAGGGAACGGCUUAGUUUGUUAUGUCAUACACCGGAGCCGCUACACAAAAUCUUCGAUGUAUUUCUUCAUGGCACAGCUUGCUGUUGCAGACAUCCUUGUCUCAUCGAUCUCAAUACCUCUGACUUUGGUCUCUACGUAUCCGAGACCGCUUCUUCUGCUUCAAGGCGAUAUUCCCUGCAAAAUGGUCCGUUUCCUGCAGUACCUUCUUCCGCCUGCAUCUGUAAACAUCCUAACUGCCACUGCAGUCGAUAGAUUCCUCCUUAUUUGUUACCCGCUGAAGUUUUUGUACCGAACGAAAGUCAAAUUCCUCGCAAUUUUCUGCUGGGUGUCCGCUGUAAUUACUGCAAUGCCAGUGCUGUAUCUGGUAAAUUCUCGUCCCGUUACGCUGAACAAUGAGGUUUACAAGUUCUGUGCCAUAAAGGAAACAUCCUCAUUUCCCAAACUUGGUUCAACUUAUUUAACAGUUCGAGGAAUUUUGGCAUUUCUUUUUCCUCUUUUGAUAAUCGUACUACUUUAUUACAACAUUUUAAAAACAGUAUGGAGGAAAAACACCAUCAAGAGCCGAAAGCGACGAAAUGUGAUCAAGAGUUUGGGUUUGGUUGUUUGCGCGUUCUUUGUGAGUUGGGCUCCAUUUUCAGUCAUAUCAAAAUAUUCGAUCCUCGUAGAAAAGCGAUACGACACAAUUUCCAGAGCUGAAUUAAUAACAUUUUGGAUUGGUCUGUCAGCAUCUGCGUACAACCCUGUUAUCUACGCAUUUUACAACAAAAAUUUUCGAGACGCUUUUCGCGACGUUUUUCUUCGUAGAAAAGAGAGGAGAAGAACUCCAGUUACCUUUAACCCUAAUGUAAAAGCUAUGAAAGAAGUUGUGGAAGGUACUAUUCCUGACUUGAAAUCUGGUGCACCUAUAUUGCUUAAACACGCAAAGGUUGCUUAAUAAUUUCAAAAAAAUUCGAAACCAAUGAAAAGCUUAAGUUUAUUUCCUUUCUGAGAAGUACAACUCACGUUUGAAAAGUUGAGAUUUUUAGGGUAUACAGCUAGGGACACAGGAAAGUUUAAAUAAAAGUCGGUGAAAAUUUGCCAUG